UGUUGCAUUGCAGACUGGAGAAAGAAAAAUGACCCACAGCUUGAAGAAGCAAAAAAUAAUAUAUGGGAAGAUUUGUGUAUAUCUUUUGACCUGGAUGAGAGUCAUAGGCAUUAUAUCAUGAGAAAAGCAGCAUAUGCUCAUAGAAAGUUUCGAGCUACCCUCACAACAUAUCAUCUAAAAGAUGCAAAUGAAGAAUUCAAUCCUCAUCCUCCUAAAAUGUAUCCAGAGAUCCAGCAAGAGCAUUGGGAUGAAUUUAUUAAAAUGCGCCAACAGCCUGAAUUUCAACAGAUCAGCCAGGUCAAUCGCUCUAGAGCCGCAAGUACUCCUUUUCAAUAUAGAGCAGGAAGAAAGAGCUAUCCAGAUAUUGAACAUAGUUUGAGGGAAGAAGUUGGACCUAAUGCUCCAAUUUCUCGAGCUCUUGUUUGGAAGACUGCUCGAGAAGAUAAAGAAGGCAAAUUACCUGAUGAACGCACUCGAAAAGAAACAUUAUCACAAUCAAUAUCACAAGAUGAUGUGGGGGAGCAUGUGGAUGUCCUUGGUAGGGCAUUGGGAGCUCCAGAGGUCUCUGGUCGUGUUAGAGGAGUUGGAUUUGGCAUUUUUCAGGGCACCUACUUUGGACGUCAUUAUGAGCCCAUUGAGUGUGGUCUUGUUGUGGUUGUAAGCUUAUAG